AGGGAAUCCCAUAUUUUAAUUUCGAUAUAUAUCUUACAAGUCAUGACAUUCGCACAAAAUUUGCAAGCCAUUGUUUCGUUCUUCCUCCAAUUAUUUGUUAUAUUCCCAUAUAACGCCCUCACUACUCCACGACACGGCCCAUUGCGUCCGCCCAAGAGAAUCGGCGCGAAACCUACUCACACGAACAAGACUAACCGAAGUAGCUCGACUAUGGUUUCUGAUGGCUUGCACAAGCUAUGCACAGGCAAGGAGAGCGUAUCUGCACUUCUUGCAGAGAACCCAACCCUUGCGCCUGGGGACGCAUGGCAGCAACUGUAUGGUAGUUAUGUGCCAUCGUCAAAGAGUGCAGCAAGGUCAGAUGGAGACAGCGAGGAGCAUAGCAUUAGCGCUGAAGAGCUACAGCGGGCCGCAGAAUGCGGAAACUGGGGUCCCUCACAACCAAGUGAGCUAUUCUUAAAGAUCUAUCACGAUGCAUUAGGUCCUGUGGAUCAGGAUAUCACUGCAGCUAUGGUUAGCCCUUCGUUGAUGGGUAGCUGUGGCGUCGUACCAUUGACGAUAAUAUCUGUCGUGCCAGAUAUUAUGCGUCACAUGAGCAACAUGAUUGUUCGCGCAGAAAAGGAAGUGUAUUUAGCCACCAACUACUGGCAGAACUCUGUUGCAUCUUCGUACAUUACCAAUGCGAUGAAAGAGCUGUCGGCGAGAGCUGGCAGGCGUGGAGAAAGGAUUGUCAUGAAGAUUAUCUAUGACAGAGGCAGCCCGAAGCAGCUAUUUGAACCACAUUACAUUGUUUCUGAAAAGGAAUACCUAGGCGACGCUGUGAACAUCCCAAAGCCGGAGGAGAUUCCUAACAUUGAUCUUCAAGUUAUGAACUACCACAAGCCAAUGUUAGGCACGUAUCACUGCAAGUAUAUGGUAGUUGAUCGCAAGUAUGCUGUUUUGCAGAGCAACAACAUCCAGGAUAACGAUAAUAUGGAGAUGAUGAUUCAACUGGAAGGUCCAAUCGUCGACUCGCUAUACGACAUGGCUCUCAUCUCCUGGCACAAAGCGCUGGAACCUCCAUUGCCAAGUUACAAUUCUCCAGCUGUUCAAGGUGGAAUCGGCUCUUUCGGGGAAGCGAGCCACCAUGAGAUGUUUUAUCAAGCUGGCAUUCAAGCAAAUGCCAUUUCAGAGGCUGAGGCUAACACUUCUAGCCAGCUAGAAGCAGCCGACAGAAGAAGAAUCCACUCUACGAACUUGAUCCCAGGAGAAAACGACGGGGUACUCGAGGGCGAACGGUUAGCCAACGUUUCUAAUGAUGCUUCUUACAACCUUUCGCCAGCACGAAAUGUUAUUGAGCAUGCAGUUAACGCCCCGCAUUUGUCUCCACUUGACGACGUUAAUAUCAAGGGCGCUCCCUCUGGAUUAAACAACGAACAAGAAAGGUUCGGCAAGGAUGCAAUAACCAACUCUUACUUACGUUCUGGAUCCUCUUCUCUCCCAAGCUCCAUUAUCAGCCAGCCUCCACAAGGCAGGCCUCUCCCCGAGCAUUUGUCAACUGACCCUCACUACGAUAUUGAUAUUGCUGGUGAGGUAGCCCGUGUGCAGCAAUCAGUAUCCCCAAAUGAUAACUUGACUCGCUUGGAGGCUACAGCCGCCCACUUGAACCACACCAAGAACAAGGACUUCCCUCCUUCAAUUAAGGAAAUUCCCGCUGGUGAUGAGUUUACGCCUUACAUACCUCAUGCAGUGUAUGAGCCAUUCCCAAUCGCAAUGGUCAACAGGCCGCCAUACGGAACCCCCAAUAACAACGACGUAUUUACGCCACAGAAUGAGGCGUGGUUGGCAGGAUUACGAUACGCGAAAAAGAACGUGUACAUUCAAAGCCCGACUCUAAACGCAGAGCCUAUUCUCAAGGAGAUAUUAAACGCAUGCGAGCGAGGCGUUGAUGUUUUCGCAUUCAUUUGCAUUGGUUAUAAUGAUGCUGGUGAACUUCUCCCGAUGCAAGGGGGUACCAAUGAGAUGAUCUCACACGCAUUGCACCAAUCGCUCUCGCCAGAGGGGUUAAAGCAUCUGCAUUAUCACUUCUAUGUUGGCGCCGACCAGACGCGGCCAAUUCUUGCCAAGGCCAAGAAGCGGAGCUGUCACGUCAAGCUGAUGAUCAUCGACGAGGAGAUAGGGAUUCAAGGAAAUGGAAACCAGGACUCGCAGAGUUGGUAUCACAGCCAAGAAAUCAAUGUCAUGCUCCAGAGUAAAGAAGUCUGUGGCAACUGGAUUGAUGGGCUGAGGAGGUGUCAGAGGACAGGGAUAUAUGGAAAGGUUGACGAAGACGGUGUGUGGAGAGAUGCGGAGGGUAAAGAGGUUGAAGGCGCGAUCGGCACCGAUCCAGGCAAGUUCAGCUGGUUCAAAGGGAUUGCAGGGGCGGUUCGCAGGGUGAGGGGUGCUGGGGAUUUUUGAAUAAACAGACAAGCGAUAGGUGGCAGAUGAGAUACGAUACCUCGUUAUUUUGGUGUGUCAUUUCUGGAAGGGUUGGCGUUGGAUCUUGGCAUGAAAUCUAUACAUUUUCUUCUUUUCACAUGCAUAUAUUGAUCCAAGGAAGGACAUCCUUGCCGUAGUAUUUUGUCCAAGCACGGAAGAAAUUCAUAUAG